AUGUCUAAACAAAUCGAUAGGGAUUGUGGUGGCGGCGCUAAAAAAACUAAUGCGUCCGUCGCUCGUGGCAUUGGGCAGAAAAAAGUGGCGGCAAAAAAGGUCGCGCGCGGUCAACAGGAGGCCGGCAAGAAAGCGGAAGACAAGGGGCCUAAACCAACACCACGCAAGCGUGUUUCUACAGUGAACAAAGAUGCGGAUGUUGCCUCUGCUGGAACCGAGCCCGGUCUGAGUAAAGACGGCACCACUGGCGGCAACGAAGAUCCGGGGCGAGGGAGCGCAAGUCUUGCACUCCCGUCGGCGGAGAUGGAGGGAUCGGCGACGGAGGGAAAUCACGGAGGCGAUCCCCGCGCCGAGCAUGCCGCAACCAAGGAGUCCGAGGCGGCGGCAACGCAACACCAUCUGACGCUGCUCCAGCCAACUGUGGUCGAAGUUUCUGCAGCCGUGUUGGAUAAGGACAAGGUGGGGGAGCACGAGUCGGUGGGGCUGGUCGGUGGCUCUCCACCUUCUGGUGGACGGGGGAGGCGUAGGCAGAGGAAGAGCGAUGGGGAGGACGAUUAUGACACCGCCGUGCCCGGGGACCUCAUUAUGCGGGCGAAGAGGCGGCAGACGACAGGUAGUGCUGACGACGCCGGAGGCGCGGCAGUUGGGACACCGCGAGGCGCCAAGGAAGCUAGUGGCAAGGCGGGCAGUCAAGCAUUGCGCCAAAAGGGCCGACCCGCAGCAAGAAAAGCAUCCGAUGGAAGGAGAGGCAAGAAAGCAGCGACGGGAACAAAGCCGAAACGGGGCGAUGAAGACCCCGGUGAUGCGGAGGAGGAGGAGGAUGAGGAGGAGGAUGCGGAGGGAGAGGAGGAUGAAGAGGAAGCGGAGGAGGAUGACGCGGAUGUUGGGGAGGAUGAAAAAGAUGAGAAUGAUGGCGGGGAGGACGAAGAGGAGGAGGAGGAGGAGGAGGAGGAGGAGGAGGAGGAGGAGGAGGAUGAGGAUGAGGAGGAGGAGGAGGUAGAGGAGGAGGAGGAGGAGGAGGAGGAGGAGGAGGAGGAGGAGGAGGCAGAGGAGGAGGAGGAGGAGGAGGAGGAGGAGGAGGAGGAGGAGGAGGAGGAGGAGGAGGAGCAGGGUGACAACGAGGAGGAUGUGGAGGAGGAGGAGGAGGAGGAGGAGGAGGAGGAGGAGGAGGAGGAGGAGGAGGAGGAGGCAGCGGAGGAGGAGGAGGAGGAGGAGGAGGAGGAGGAGGAGGAGGAGGAGGAGGAGGAGGAGGAGGCAGCGGAGGAGGAGGAGGAGGAGGAGGAGGAGGAGGAGGAGGAGGAGGAGGAGGAGGAGGAGGAGGAUGUGGCGCCAGUGAAGGGACGGGGCGGGCGUGGCAGACGGGUGAGUGGUACAGGGAAGGAGGGGGGCCGGACUCGCCCUUCCCGAAAACGCGGGGCAGUUGACGCUGCGCGCGGCGAAGCAUCGGGCAAACCGAAGGCGCGUAAGGUGAAGGUCGAAAGUGAAGGGGUUGGUAAAAAGCAAGGGAGCCAGGGAGCAAAAGGGGAUGGAGGAGGAAAGGGUGGCCGCGCCAAAGGGGUUCCAGUGGGUACCAGCAAGAAAGAACCUGCCGGUGAAAGUGCGGAGCACGAGCAUUUUGUUACACGGGAGGAGUUCCAGGCGCUGCGGUCUGAGAUGUACGCCAUGUUUGCACAGCUCGGCCUGCGUCGUGGAGUACCUGCCAGCUAUGCCGGCGGGUCGGCAGCCCUGCCUAUGGCUGGUACCCCGCCGCCGAUGAGCGCCGUGGACAAGGCACGAGUGCUAGUGUUGCAGGAGACAAACCCAUUCCCGGUAUGUGGCGGGCCACAUGGGGAGGGUUGGGGUUGA